UCAUCAUCAUCAUCAGCAUCAUCGUCACCAUGAAGGUGCCCGGUGUGUGUCUCACACUCUGCAGCCUUCUGACCCUGAGUCGAGCCGUCCCGCUCAACUCCACCAACCUGCUCCCCAAGCACGCGGGCCUCUGCGAGUACGCCAGGCUGCAGUGUUACCACGACGGCAUCGGCGCGUUCUGCCCCACGUGCGACACCAACGGGAACUUCCUCCCGCAGCAGUGCUGGCCGUCGAGCGGCUACUGCUGGUGCGUGGACGUCCUGAGCGGAGAGGAGAUCCCGAACACGCAGAGCCCGCUGGGAAGCGUACAUCACUGCAGCAGUGAAUAUUACUGCCCCAAAGGCUGGACCUACUUUGGAAAAAAGUGUUUCACCUUCAUCGACAGCCCGAAGACGUGGGCCGAAGCCGAGAUUUACUGUCUGUUUGAAGGAGCCAACCUGGCGUCAAUCCACUGUUAUGAGGAGAGUCACUUUGUCAUGUCUUUGACCAGAGGAGACACCAACAGCUUCCCCCAAACCUGGAUCGGUGGCUUCAGUGCCAUACAUCCCGGUUUUUGGAUGUGGAGUGACGGCUCCAAGUUUCACUAUGAAAACUGGCACCAUGACCACAGCUCUGAUGGUCCAGACAAGGCCUGCCUGAAGAUCAAUUAUAAAUAUGACUUGAAGUGGUACUACGAAUCCUGUACCGAGUCUCUCCCUUUUGUUUGUUCCAAGAAGAUAUGAUCUCAGACCUGACGAUCAAAAAUCCAGUUCAGGUCACACGUGCUCUACCUAACAGUUUGAGUUCUAUUCCUCUCGGAAAUGUUUCCUUUCUUGCUUGUUUUUGUUGAAUAUGAUCGAUAGGUUUUAUACACACAGCUUUUAGCGGGUUAGUGUGAAUAUCUGGGUCAGCUUGACCUGCUUUUGUAUAACGUAUAAACAAUCCUGCAAGAAUUGUAAGAAAUACAUUAUUAUAUCAAUAAAUAAUUGCACAACAUUUUAACUGGGAUAUAGUGAAAGUUUGUGUCACAAAAAAAGGAA